AUGGGCUUCAGCGCGCCCGCACGCGUCGACGCGCGCACCGGCGCGCCGCUCGCCGAGGCGGCGACCGCCGAGUCCGCCGAGGUCGCGAGCGGCGCGGCCGCGGAGAAGGGCGCGGCCGCUGAGGACAGCGCGGCCGCUGAGGACAGCGCGGCCGCGGAGAAGGGCGCGGCCGCCGAGAACGACGCGGCCGCGGAGAAGAAAGACGCGGCUGAGGACAAGACAGAGGGUGCUGAUGACAAGGACGCAAAGGAGGAGGACGAUGGGCCGAUCGAGGUGCCCGAGUUUAUCGAGGCCAACACAGACAUUGAGCUCAACUAG